AUGGCUGAAGAAGAAGAAGAAGAGGGCAGCUAUACAGAAGCACAAGUGGCGUCCCUUGUCGCCUCUCAAAACUUGGGGAAAUGGGAAUUAUUUGUCAAGUCGGCACUGAAGGAAGUGGCACCAAGCGAGGCCUCACGAGCAGCGAUUGCAUACGCUCUGCGGAAUUUGUAUGAAGCGGCGCGCGUUAAUCUUAUAUUUGCCGUUCAGGCCGGAAAAUUGCUACUGGCAGCUGGUACGCAUCGCAGUGCAGUUUGGGGUGCAGCGCUUUUUGAUGUUCGUGGGGCCGUGGCGGAUUGGUGCGUGCAAGCAGGUGAUGAAGAGCAGGCGCAGGAACUCUGGCGUCUCAUGCUUCCUGUCGAUGAUGACGUGGUGUCGCUGAAGCUACUGACGAAUCUUUUAAACAGUGCCCUUCGUACCCGUAACUUUGCCACGGCCGAGACGGAUUGCCUGCGGGGACUGGCCUCAUACAAGGCCUUGUCGAUGCGAACUGAGGCAAACGAUGUGGUGAACGCGUUCCUGCACGCCUUUGCUUCCCUUCUAGCGGUGAGGCACAGAUUUUUGGAGUCGUCGCAGCGCUUCUAUGAAUUGUAUGUGCGGACCAAAAGUCUGGACCACCUUCGUGGGGCCAUCGUCUGCGCUAUUCAGGCGGAUGCGAGCGCCACCCGCUCGAGUCUGCUAGGAGCCUUUUUCAAGGAUGAGAGUGCAAUGCUUCUCGGGGAACUUUACGACGUUCUUUACCGGGCCCAUCACUUUCAUUUCUUGCGCCCCAGCGACCUUCAGCGUUUCCUGCCGUAUGUCGAGUCUUUCUCCGACACAGCCGCCGUUGAACGCGCUUUUAUUCAGCACAACCUGCAGGCCAUUUCUCGAGUCUACUACAACAUUGGCUUUGAGGAACUUGGGACCCUCCUUGGCAUCACUCCCUCUGAAACAGAGCAACUUGUGGCGCGAAUGGCGUCGGAACGGCGGUUAGAUGCAAGUCUCGAUCAGACAACAGAGACGGUCAUUUUCUCUCGGCCGGAGAAUACAUCUGUGCUGGAAGCGUGGGACGCGCGAAUCACCGCCGUGUGCGAAGAAUUGUCUCAUGCAGCGGACCUUGUUCUCAGUCGCCAUGCCGAGCUUAGCGAGCACCUUUUGCUCAAGUGA